AUGUGUUCAAAUCUGCUAUUCCAGUCAGGCCAUUCUGUUCGAUACUUCAUUACGAAAGCAAAUGCCAACAUAAAGAAGUCCACGGGAAAGCUUCAAUCUCAUGAGGCACGCAUAGAUCUUGUACCACACGAAAUGCUCAAGACUUCCUACAAACCCACACCCAUCCUUAGGGGAACCUGGUUUCGUGAUCCCGGUGGACCACAGUGUAUUCCCAUUGACGACGAGGGUAUGGCCGAGCAGAUAGAGGCUAAACACAUACAGCUACUUUUUGAACUGCAAAAACAAGCGUCGGAGGAUAAAGCCGACGAAGAAUCUCGUUCUACGUCCCCAACAUCACAGGAUGCCGAGAUGGGUCCCACCCCAAAGGAAAAAUCGUCAGGAGAUUAUCUUCCGUUGCCCUCAAUAUUUUCUAGCACCAAUAAAGCUCAAAGCAUGCAAACGCUACAGUUUUCUGAUUGUCAUGUCGAAUGGUACUCGGCUGAUGAAAUAUAUCUAUACAUGGAAACAACUGGCCUCUACAUACGUCGAAAGUUAGGAAUGCCGAAAGCUGGCACUAAACUGGGCCGAGGUUACUUUGAGGAGGCAGCUCUAGACGACCGACAAUCGGAGGUUGCACACCUUUGCUUUGUGGUGCAUGGUAUGGGCCAGAAAUUUCUGAAGGGCUCCAUUGUCCAAUCAUGUGAUGUGUAA